GUGAGAUCGUGGCAUCAGUCUUGUGUGAUAUACGGUGGGCAUAUGUUCCCUGCAUCAAAGGUGAAUUUACAGCUUUACGUUCAAGUUACACAUACAUGUUUAGUUAGCUUAACUGUAUAUAUUCUAUCACUCUUAUCAGCUGAGACUCACACCUGGACCUUGGUAACAAAAAUAUAUGCUAGAACCUUAAAUUUAUAGUCUUCUAAUUAUUUUACUCUGCUGUCAUUUGAAGGACCACUAAAACUACUGAACUUGUGCAUGAAUAAUUCGUACACAUUAGAAUAAAGUCACUUAAAGCUAAUCAACACCUGAUAAGAAUGUAUACUUCAACACAAUAGGACAAGGCCUAGUCUUGAUCACAAACUGAGCACCGGUAUAAUAGGAGAUAUACGUGGAAAACUUUGAACGCAGAUGCUAUCAUCAUAUAAUGGCUACGUAAUUACUAGUGGGUGUACGGUGUGGAUUUGAUGUAGCAUAUUCGACGCCUAAGAAAGUAUGACUGACAAGAUUCAGCGCAGCGAUGAUGACGAUGAAGUAGCUACAGAUGAUUCCAUCGGCCCACCCGUUCCUCCUGAUGGUGGAUGGGGUUGGGUGAUAGUGUUCUCGUCAUUCAUAAUGAACGUACUGGUUGAUGGGGUAUGUUUCUCAGCUGGAAUAUUCUACCUCGAAUUCCUGGAUUACUACAGAGAAAGCAAAGGAAAGACUGCAUGGGUUGGAUCAACACUGAAUGGCAUGUAUCUGACUAUGGGUCCAAUAGCCGGGGGGUUAGCUAACAAAUUUGGAUGUAGAGCAGUUUCAAUAGCAGGUAGCCUGUUGGCAGCAGCGUCGUUCUUUGCUAGCACCUUUUCACCGAAUGUUGACGCCUUAAUUGUUCUCUACGGUGGCCUCGGAGGUGCUGGAUUUGGAUUGAUGUAUUUGCCAGCAAUUGUAAUGGUUGGGUUCUAUUUCGAGAAAAAACGUGCUCUUGCAACAGGAAUCGCUGUAUGUGGCAGUGGUAUCGGAGCAUUUGUAUUUGCCCCCUUUUGCAGGUAUCUUAUUGACACGUUUACAUGGAAAGGUGCCACGUGGAUCAUAUCAGGAAUUGUGUUGAAUGGGGUAGUAAUGGGAGCAUUAUUCCGCCCUCUUGAGGGUCCCCCGAGGAGGAAAAAACAGCAACUUGACGACACAGCGAGUUUGGAGGAGACGACAGAUCUUGUAGUCAAACAGAGAAAUGAGGGUGGAAACAGAACUAAUGGCAUAUCAAAACCAAAACAUGAUGAUCCAAAAAGUAUACUCUACCGAAAGCAUAAAGAAAAAUUUGACCAAAAUGGAUUUGGUGACGGAGCAAACGAGAAUAUAGCCAUUCAAUCCAAUCUUGAUUUGAGUCAAACAAAUAAACAAUUAGACACAGAUUGCAAAAGAAUGUGUAGAAGUACAGACUGCAUUUAUGAACCAUCUUCUUCUAAUCAUAAACAAGAAGCUGAAAUCCGACAAAAAUAUAUAAAUAAACCUAUGUACAGAAAGGAUAUAUUCUAUAGUGGUAGUGUAACACAUUUACCUGAAUUCAAAGAGGAUUCGAAGGCAUACCACAAAAGUAUAACAAACGUUCCAAGUGAAGGGCGAAACGAUAGGACCAAAUGUGGAAAUAUAUGUGGAUCAAUCAUUGAUAUAUUCAAGACAAUGUUUGAUUUCUCACUGAUGAAAAAUCCUGUUUUUGUGCUGUAUGGACUGAGUUGUUUCCUUUGUAUGACAGGCUUCUUUGUGCCAUUUAUUUAUCUUCCGGAUCAUGCCCAAGCUAUGGGUGUCAGCAAAGAGCAGGCGGCGUUCCUCAUCUCUAUAUUAGGAAUAGCUAACACCAUUGGUCGCAUCAUGUGUGGUUGGGUGUCAGAUCAGCCAUGGGCAGAUUGCCUCAUUAUCAACAACAUUGCUUUGAUUUGUGGCGGAAGUAUCACAAUAGUUCUUCCAUUUUUUCUGCAUUAUGGGCUCCUAGCAACAUAUUCAGUAGUAUUUGGGCUUGGAAUCGCUGUAUUUGUUUCGUUGCGUUCCAUCAUAAUGGUUGAACUGAUUGGCCUCGAGAGAUUAACCAAUUCUUUUGGCUUGGUCACACUGUGUCAGGGCCUAUCAUCUUUCCUUGGAGCUCCAUUAGCCGGGUUUUUAUUUGAUGUGACUGGGAAUUACACAAUAUCAUUCUACGUUGCUGGGUCAACCGUGGCCUUAGCAGGAGUGAUAUGCAUCCCUCUUCGGAGAAUUGCAAAGUGGCAAGAUAGAAGAGAACGGUUGACACACUUAAAAGAGAUCGACCUUUCGUAACAUCUACAUAUUUUAAAAACUGGAAAAACGAAGAAUAGAAUUACCAACAAAACUCGAUCAAUUAGAAAUAUAACAAAAUUUAGAUUUCUAUACAAUUGUAAGGGUUUAUUAAAAGGUUUUAAUUUGCACUGGAUUCUCGACGUUAGUCUUGGUGUGAUGACUGGCUGGUUAAAACGUAGUUUACGAUGAACAUGAUGGUUAAAUGAAUUAUUGCAUUAUUGCAACAUGUCUUCCAUUGUGCCACUGUUUUUAAACUAUUUUGCAAAUUAAUUAAUAAUAAUUAGAUAUAUAUAAUUAUAUAUACUGGAGAAUUUUUAUAAUUCUAUUGCGUUGAAGUAAUAGUAAGUAUCUGUUGAUUUCAUACUUGAAUCCUAAUAAUGGCCCAAAUUGGAUACUAAGAUUUCUACAACUACGUUACUUCUUCAUAAUCAUUUCAAAAAGUCCAUAAAGGGCUUGGUUUACUGUAUAUAUGUCAGUCGUUAAAGACAUGUCAUGUUUGUUUUUUAUUUAAAAACGGUAAUAUUUUCUAAUAAACUCAGG